AAUCUCAAUGGCAGUGGAUCUCAAAUCUUUGAUGGAGUUCUCUCAAUUUUCUGUGUUUCUGCAAAUUUGUUGAUUCUCUGCAAGAAGUGAAUUUCAUUGUCAUUUAUCGGCAGGAAGAGGUGUGUCUUUUCUACGAUAAGAAAUUUUCCAAUUUUUGUGCUUCAAACAUAAAUAUGACUGAAAAAGAAGAAGUGUUGGCUGAAGUUGAAGGUGGAGAUACUGAGGAGACCUCAUUAUCCUACCGCCCUCCCCCCGAGAAAACCAUUGAGCAGAUAUUGGAAGCGGAUCGCGAGGAUGAAAGUCUCCAAAAGUACAAGGAAAUGCUAUUGGGAGAAGCUAAGGAAGGGAAGGUUAUUGUAGAUCCUUCGGACGAGCGCAAAGUGAUUGUGAAACGUUUAGCACUCUGCGUUCAAGACCGACCUGACAUGGAGCUAGACCUUACUUCCGAUCUUACCCAGCUUAAAAAACAGGUGUUUGUGAUCAAGGAAGGUAUUUCAUACAAGAUAAGGAUAGACUUCAUUGUACAACGAGAGAUUGUGCAUGGACUGAAAUAUGUACAGAAGACUUGCAGAAUGGGUGUUCCCGUGGACAAGAUGACGCAUAUGGUGGGUUCGUACCCGCCGAAGACGGAGCUGCAGAGCUACACGACACCAGUGGAGGACGCGCCCACCGGCAUGGUGUCGCGGGGAAGCUACACGGUGCAUUCGCUCUUCACCGACGACGACAAGAACGUACACCUCAAGUGGGAGUGGUGCUUCGACAUCCGCAAAGACUGGAAGGAUUAAUGCCGAGCUACACAACACCAAAGAUAUACCGCAUGUUGACUGCAACGGAACAGAAGGUAAGCCUUAACCCAAGCCUUCACUCUCACAAAAGGAUGUAACAUUAUGAUAAGAGAGUGUAGGUAGCCUUCCGAAUUAUUUCUUCCCACGUGCAUUAUACAAUAUAUCUAUUGAUAUCUACACUUUUUAGAUCCACUAUGUAUCUAUUAAUUUUUGAAGUAUUCCAGUUGAACAAUACAAUUAAGAUCAAUACACUUUUAUAAAAAUUAUUUUAUUUUUAAUAUAUUUAAUCUUACAACUUUUUAAAUGGUAUAUUCCGCCUUGAAAUAAUUGUGUGACUAUAAAAUAUUAUUUAAGAGAGUUAAAUAUUCAAUGUAUUGUGUACCAUCAAUAAUAAAUGUAUUUGUAAUGCAAAAUAAUAAAAUUAUGUAAUAAUUUUUGUUACCGAUUGAUUUAUGUCACAAACUUGAAUAUAUUUUUUCUGUAAUUAUCAUUUUUAUUCUACAAUGUUAUAAAUUACAUGAUAAACUGUACACAAAUGUUCAUCAAGACAAUGACUUCUAAGAGUAUAUUUAGUUAUCAGUAAAAAUAUAUUAUUACUACGAAUAAACAAAUAAAUUAUAAAAUAAUUUGUUCUAUCAAUUAACCAACUCAGUGACGAAACUUGCAGACUAACUGUAAGAAAUAGAAUAGCUUUAAGAAAAUUUAUCAGAUUAGCUAAGCUGAUUUGGUAAAGUAUUGCAGAAAUUAUGGCUAAACAUUGGAUAAUAGUUCGGUAUAUAAAAUGUUUUAAAGCUUGGGAGACGAACAGCUUUUGAGUCAAGAUUGUUACCUUUCUCCCAAUCUGUAAUUUGUAUGCUAUUAGAUGAAAUAAAUUAAUAAUUCCUCGAAAUUCCACAGCAAAAAAAAUAUGUACUCAACCUCAACUUGAAUAAAUUCACGAGUUGCAUUCUCAUUGAUUUCUUAAGUGUUCUCACUUUGUGUGAUUUUUAGGUUUAUUGAACUUUUGCCGUGUGUCAUAAAUAGAAAGUUUAUAUUACAUUUUCGUGAUAGGGAGAGCUGUGAUAAGGGAGCAGUAUUAAUAUCUGCUGAAAACAUCAUUCCUUUUAAUUUUGAUUUGUUCUCCUUUUCAUUGAAAAAUUGCUACUAUAGGCUAUUUACCUUAUAAAAAUAUAUUUACCCAAGGCUUUUUUGAAACUCACCCCCAAUUACUAUUUUGCUCCUGUAGAUUUCUGUUACUUGAUUUUAAUUUAUUUGAAUCAAUAAAUUAUUAUUGAUUUUGCUCAGAAUAAUUCCCAGGUGUGCCAGUUUUCUUUUAUUCCUUGCUACAAAGCGGCGGUAAAAUGUUAUAUUAUUCAAUUUCAAGCAUACUUAAGUCGGAUAAUUCUAGGAAAAAUAGAAAUCAAUGUUCUAUCCAUCACCAAAGUAGAAAAAAUCAAAAUAUAGUUAUGUCAAAAAUACGAAUUCAAUAAUCCUAUUCACAUGAGUAAAUAGAAAAUAUGUUCACUGGUUUAUAUAUUAAUUUUUGUAAACAUGAAGUUCAUUUGCGGUUACUAUAUAAUACUAUAUUAAUUUUAUAAAUGUAUGUGCAAUAUAAAUAGGAACAAUCAUUUAAUUGUCUAACACAUUAAUUAACUAACGAAUGUAUUGAGAGAUUGAGCUAGAUUGAAAAGUUGGUAAUUGAAUUUUAAUUGACCGUUUUUUAUUAAGUGCGUAUAAAAAAAAGACUUGGGCCCACUCCUUUUUCGAAAAAAACUUACACAAUAUUCACUUUAAUGAAUGCAAAAUUUGAAGCAUUCAAUUUUUGGUUUAUUCAACAACUAUGUGUGGUAAAAUUUUAGAUUUAAAACCAGCUCAGGUUAAAAUAAUAUAAUAUAUUAAUUUUUGAGAAUCUUUGAAAAAUUGAAAGUGUGUAGUUGAAUUUGAAAUUUUAAACCAGAUCAGGAUAAAGUAUGAAAUAGUACUUUAUAAGAACAUUGCUAAUUAAAUUAGCAAUGCAAUUAAAAUAUUUUUAAUGGCUUGAUGUUGAAUGUGACCGAUAUUUUCUAGUUUCUUGUUGCAGUUCAAAAUUGUGCUUGGAAUAUUACAUUGGAAAAUGUUCUGAUGAAUAAUUGUGGGUUUGUCUUAUUUCAUGAUUAGUAUUUAUGAUGCAUGUAGUUGUCAAAAAAUGAUACAUUUAUGUAGUUUGCUGUGGAAUAGAUGUUGUAAUCCUGUAAAACAUGAUCAUUAUGUCGUGAUUAGCAUUUAUAUAAAGCUUUUAUAAAUGUAUUUCUGUUGUUAAUUUAAGAUAAAAUUGAUUUGAAAAAAUUGCGAGAUUUGUGAUUGAUGUAUUGUACUUAUCUGAGUAGCAUUCUAUUUCUAAAUUAUUUUUAUAAUUAAUCAAAAUUUUCUGCUCAAAAUUUGUGUGAUCACUGAAGUUUCAGUCCUUGUAAAUCUGUAUUGUAAUGUUUUUUCCCCUAGUGUUCUUGUAUUUGAUUCAAUGGUAUUUUUUCUCUUAAAACUUAUCAUAGUGCUUUCAAAUAUUGAAUCCGCUCAACUUGUUUUUAUAUUGGUACAGUACAAAUGAACAGAACAUGGGCAAUAUAUUGUGAAUACAAUGACUGUCAUGAAAAUAAUGAUUGAUUUUUUUAUUCAUAAUGUCUGAGACUUACUUUUUAAAAGUCAUUCGAAAUAAUGAAGUGAAAAUCUAAUAAAAUAUCUACAAAAACUAAUUCAAUUUAUAAUGCGAUCUUAACAAUAAUAUUUCACCUUGAAAUAUUUUUGGCACGCUUUCUAAUACUACAUGUUUGUCAGGGGAAUGCUAAGCAAUAUCUUGUUGAAUGACAAUAAAACAAUUUUGUACUUACUCUUAUUUUUAAUAUCAGCAUCAAUUUCGUGGAAAAUGUAAAUGUUAUUCUGAUACAUGGUUUAGAAUAAGGAUUUACAUAAAAAUAAUUGUAUUUAAAACAUUGUAACCAUUUGAACCAGCAUAAUUUUAUCGUUUUAGGCUGGAGUAUUUAUAAAGAAAUUUAUGCUUGACAAUUAAUUUGGAUGUGGAAUCUUGUACAAUCAUUUGGAUCAGGAUUUAUCUAUAGUUUUAGACUCUCGAUUUCUUGAAAGAAUAAAUUGAUGUUGGAACUCUAUAGAUUUUAGAACUAUAGUCAUUUUGUAAUAAUUAUAAUAUCUAGGCAUUUUUCGACUUACAUCUGGUUUGAAUAGCUAACUGUGCCUUGCUUAACGAAUGUGCUUUGAAAAAUUGAGCAUCCUAUGAGGUUUCAAUUUUGUAUUUUAUCCUAAUAGGCAUUAGAACACUAUCAAUGAAUUACAAAAUAUUCAUGAAUUAAUAAAUUAAUUCAUGAAUUAAUAUUUAUUAAUUAGUCAUAGUUUUUAUUAAACAGAAUUCAAAUAAACAAUGAAUAGAAGAAAAAUAACUACAUUUUCUAAUACCGUAAUAGUUUGAUGAGUAUAUUGUAAUUAAAAGUAUUUUCAUUUUAUGAAAAUUGGAUUUCAACUCCCCAUCUAUUUAUUGUGAAGAUAAUAAUUGUGCUUGCUAAUCCGUAUUACUUGAUUGGGUAACCUGUUGUGCCUUUUCGAAAUCCAUAACUCACUCGCUUUUCCUGAAAAAGUGUCAUUUACUAAGCUCAAUCAAUUAAACUAAUGAGAACAUUUUUAGGGGUUAACAUUAUUUUAUUUGAUCUAUUGAAAGGUUCUCUACUCUAAAUUAAGCAUUUAUUUCAAUACUAUAUUAUAUUAUCGUAAUGAUUUUAAACUAUAUGUUUUCAAUACUUAGUUUGUAUAUAAAUUAGUUGUAAAAUAACAUUAUUAAGUAAUCUUCUAUCGCUUUCUUUACUUUUUCGAGUUCCAAGUUUUAUUUGAAUUAGUAAGUUUGAAACUGCAUGAUACUUUGAUAAUGCUUGGAUUUUACUGCAUUUCUAAGUUGUAAAAUUUAUUAUUCUACUUUAAAUGGAAUUGUAUUACCUAUAUUUGAAAUAAAUGACUAUUUGUGAACA